CGAACAGUUGUUUCGGCCUUUCUACUAAACCGGCCCAAAUACUCCAUGUUUCCCGAUCACAUAUAGCUCACUCGCUCCUGUGAGAGAAACUGCCCAAAAGAUUCUUCCAUUAUCAUCACAACGUUUCAUCUUCUCAAAUUCAGAUUUUUUUUAGCCAAAAGAGAACUCUUGCUGAUUAUGGCUUAGCAACCAAGACAACGAAGCAAAAGGAAAGGCAAGUGAAACUGUGAAAGACAGAGGAAUCUACCAAAUAUAUAGUGUUUUGAUGAUUGCAUAUUUAUAUUUAGAUAGAGUGUGGAGAGAAUGCAUUCUGGGCAUGAUCAAAAGAGAAUGAAUGUAGAAGAUGAUAGACUAAGCAAUUUACCAGACGAUCUUAUUCAUAAAAUCCUCUCUUAUAUAAGCACCAAAGAAGCUGUUGGAACCAGUGUUUUGGCAUCUAGAUGGAGGUUCAUGUGGACUUCAUUGGCAUGUCUCAGUUUCUCUAGUGAGGAUUUCUCUACUCUGCCGAAGUUCUCCAAAUUUGUAACACAUGUUCUCUCUGGCCGCAAUGAUCAAAUAGAAGUGUCUUCUGUCAAACUAAGUUUUCGGGGAAAGGUUACUCAGGCGUUUGUCAAAAGACUUAUGAACUAUGCAUUUUCCCACAAUGUGCAACAAAUGACUGUUGAAUGCCUUGAGAAGAAGAUUGAAUUUCCACUUUCUGUUUUUAAAUCUCAGUCUCUGAAAUCUCUCUCUUUGAUUGGACUUGGUGGUUAUCGUCAAACCAUUACAUCUAUACCAACUUGGGAGCUCUCUGCUUUAACAAUAUUGCAUCUCGAUCGUAUCUCAUUCUGUGAUGACAAUCUUGAUAACUUUGUUGGUCUUUUCUCCAAGUUCAUAAACUUGAAGAGUCUCACCUUGAAGCACUACAAUCUGAUGGGAUUUAGUAUCAGUCAUCCUAAACUUUGUACUCUCACACUUGAAUAUGGAGAUGAGGUUGUGAAUGUGGUUGCGCCUCAGCUUAAGAAUCUCUCUUUAACUCUCUUGCAUAACUUUCCGAAUUUUCCAAAUGGUUUGCCAUCUUUGGAAAAGAUGGAUAUCUGUAUUGACCAUCCUCGCAAAGCAGACACUCAAGAAUAUGUUCGUCUGCUUCAACUGGUCCACAGUGUCAAAUCUCUUACCCUUAAUCUGGAAGUUAUAGAGGUUCUUUCUUCAUCGGUGGAACUAUUCUUGAAUCAACCCUUUACAUUCGAUAACUUGAAAAUUUUAAGGAUUUACCCGUUCGACAUAUACUUGGUACAGCAAGCGCAAAUGAAAGAAAAAGUUUCUGCUGUUGUGAAAAACUACUUUCUUGAUAGUUCUCCAAGCGCCACAAUGACAAUGGCUUCACGUGAGGAGAUUAGAGCUGCAAGGCACACUGCAUUGGUACAAAAAUGUAUGCCGAAAGUACAAGUGAUGCUAGAUGAGUUGAAAGAUCAAUUGAAUAAAAAAGUAACACCAAUGGGGGUCCACAAGACAAAGAUGAAUGGUCAAGGCAACAUGAACUUUGAGAAACAGGGGGCACAAUCAGUGACAAAAAGGUCGCCUCACAUUGUGGGAAAGAUGAAGAAGAUCCAGAACUCUUGGGAAGAUUUGAGUGUGCAGCUAAAUGCUGAGAAAUCAAACGCUUCUCGCGUUUUUUCGGAAUUGCGUUACAUAGGAGGACUAUUUACAGAUGUCCUGGCAUCAAAGAGGGGCGAGUUGCAAGCAUGUUUUGCUAGUCUGUGUGAAGAAGCUGACACUGUCAUGAAUAAAAUUGUAGAUCGUAUGAAGAUCCAAUGUGAGCUGAAGCGAAGGCGUUUAAAUGGCUACUUUCGUGACCUUGUGAAGGCAUCACAGUCAUCGUAGCAUAUUGUUCACCCGGACAUCUUUUGUUAUUUACUCCAGUGUCCAGUUUAAUACUCAUCAACUUGCUUGUACUACUUGGAAUGGUAAAUUUCUUUUAAAUUUUUGAACUUGACUGUUGAAAGAUAUGUUUUUUGCUGUUAUCAUAAGAAAUUUUGAUUGUAAUCAAGUGAAAUCUGAAAAUAUAAUACGAGUACGUACUACCAAUUGAGAUU